CCCUCCUGUCCCGUCUGUCCCCUGCUGUCCCGUCUGUCCCCUCCUGUCCCCUGCUGUCCCCUCCUGUCCCCUCUGUCCCCUCCGCAUGGACCCCGCGGUGCCCAGAGCCACCCUGAAGGUGCUGGCGCUGUGCGCGGCGCUGCUGCUGCUGGUGGCCGCGGUGACAGUGGCGGUGGCCGUGAUGGUGUGGCGCUCCGAGGCCCUGGGCAAGCUGCGGGGAUGUCGCGACAGAGCGGCCAACGAGAGCCGCGAGCUCGGGGAGCGGCUGGAGCGGCUGGAGCGGCUGCGGGAGCGCCUGGAGAGCGACAGGGACGAGCUGCGGCGGGAGCUGGCGAGGACACGAGGGGACAGCAGGAGGGACAAUGCCAGCCUCGCGUCCUGCCGGCAGCGGGCGGCCAGCCUGGACGCCAAUGUCACCGCGCUGGGGGACGAGCUGGUGGCGCUGCGGCGCGAGCGGGCUGAGCUGGCCGGUGACAAAGUGACACUGCGAGAGGAGGUGGCGCGGGGCGCGCAGCAGGCGCGGGAGCUGCGGCGGCGGCUGCAGGAGGCGCUGGAGCAGCAGCGGGAGCUGCGGGAGCGCCGGGAGCGCUGCGAGGCGCGGCAGAGCGAGCUGGAGGACACGAUCCGGGGUUACGCGGCCGAGCUGGAGGCGCUGCGGCGGCGCGGCCGCGACAGAGGCAGCGGGCGAAGGUGUCCCCCGUCCCGGAAGGGCUGAGGCCCCGCAGCCCCCCCCCGGCCCCGCCCCACCGAGCGCGACGUUCCCGGUGCCGAUCGCGACAUUCCCGGUGCCCAUCGCGACAUUCCCGGUGCUCUGUGUCCCCAGCACUGUGGCCAGCGGGAUCCAGUGCCGGGCCCGGAGCCACCAGCGCAGCCUGGGGAGCGCUGGGGGCGGGAGACGGGUCCUGACCCCAUUGAUCCCUGAUCCCACUGAUCCCUGAUCCCACUGUGAUCCUGAUCCCAUUGAUCCCUGAUUCAAAUGAUCCCUGAUCCCAUUGAUCCCUGAUCCCAUUGAUCCCUGAUUCAAAUGAUCCUUGAUCCCACUGUGAUCCUGAUCCCAUUGAUCCCUGAUUCAAAUGAUCCUUGAUCCCAUUGAUCCCUGAUCCCACUGUGGUAUCUGUUCCCACUAUGAUUCCUGAUCCCAUCCCAUGUCCCCAUGUGCACUGAUCCCACAGGGUCCCGAUCCCACUGCACGUCCUGAUCCCGCCGUGUCCCGAUCCCAUUGUGUGUCCCGAUCCCACUGUUUGUCCCAAUCCCACUGCACGUCCUAAUCCUGCCGUGUCCCGAUUCUGAUCCUGAUCCCGCAGGGUCCCAAUUCCACCGUGUGUCCCAAUCCCGCCAUGUCCUGAUCCUGACUCUGACCCCACUGUGUCCCGAUCCCGGUCCCAUUGUGAGUCCCAGUCCCGAUCCCGAUCCCAUUGUGUGUUCUGGUCCCAAUCCCGAUCCUGAUCUCGCCGUGUCCCAAUGCUGGUCCCGAUCUCCAUGCCGAUCCCGAUCCCAGUCCCACCAUGUCCCGACCCCGAUCCCAUUGUGUGUCCCAGUCUUUAUCCUGAUCCCGAUCCCAUUGUGUGUCCCAGUCCUAUCCCGAUCCCGAUCCCACUGUGUGUCCCAGUCCUUAUCCUGAUCCCGAUCCCAAUCCCAAUCCUGGUCUCGGUCUCGAUCCCGAUCUCAAUCCCAAUCCUGGUCUCGGUCCUGAUCCCGAUCCCGAUCCCAGUCCCACCAUGUCCCGAUCCCGACCCCGAUCCCACUGUGUGUCCCAGUCCUAUCCCGAUCCCGAUCCCAAUCCCAAUCCUGGUCUCGGUCUCGAUCCCGAUCCCAAUCCUGGUCUCGGUCUCGGUCCUGAUCCCGAUCCCGAUCCCAGUCCCACCAUGUCCCGAUCCCGAUCCCGAUCCCACUGUGUGUCCCAGUCCUAUCCCGAUCCCGAUCCCACUGUGUGUCCCAGUCCCUAUCCUGAUCCUGAUCCCGAUCCCAGUCCCACCAUGUCCCGAUCCCGAUCCCAAUCCCAUUGUGUGUCCCAGUCCCUAUCCCGAUCCCCAUCCCCAUCCCGCCGUGUCCCGACCCCGAUUCUGAUCCCGAUCCCUCAGCGCCGCCGCCCCGUGUCACUCCCGGGGUGUCCCCUCCCCAUCCCGCAGCGGGACAAGGGACACCGGGGUCCCUUUCCCAUUUUUUUUUUGGGACAUUUUCGGCUCAUCCCGGGUUUUCCCCGAAAUCCGCUCCGGGCGCUCCCGCCGCGUGCACAGCUCUCCAGAACCCGGGAAAACCGGGAAUUUUGGGGAAUUUUGGGGAAUUUUGGGAAU